UCGAGUGGUAGCGUUAUGUUUACGUUCGCGUAAUUAUAGAAAUUUAAAUGUGUCAUUUCGUGGCUUUUUUUUAUUCUGUUUUGCCCGUUUUGAAUGAAAAUUAUGUCAAGUGAAUUUAAAACAAAAAUUUUUCACAGUUUAUUGAGUGAUUUAUGAACAAGGAAUAAUGUCAGUUUGUGGGUGUAUGUUGUAUGGAAACACCCUUAGGAUCACGUUCAUUUAUAAAGUGCGCAUAAUUUGAAAGGGCUCUUAAAGGACUUAAAAAAAAAAAAAAGAAAAAGGAAAAAUCAAAAAUGGAGUCUCAAGAUUUUAGUGAAUUGGGAUUAAGUCAAGUCGGUCUGAAAGCUAGGUCUCCCGAGGGACAUGCUGCACGAGCAAUGCAUAUUAAAGGAGAUGAAUAUAUUUGGGUGGAGAUACAAGAGAAAACUUUUAAAAAUUGGGUUAAUGAACAGAUUAAACCCUUAAAUAUGUCUAUUACCAAUCUUCAAACAGAUUUUAGUGAUGGACUUAAACUUAUAGCUUUGAUUGAAGUUCUACAAAAGAGAAAAUUGAAAAAAAUAAGAAAGCCAUUGAAUCAACACCAGUGCCUUGAAAAUGUGCAAAUUGCACUUCAAGCAAUGGCAUCUGACAAUAUAAAACUGGUUAAUAUUGGAUGGAGCGCCUGUCGUCCUCAUAAAUGUAUUCAGUUUUAGCGCCCUGAAUACUAUGCAGAGUUUGGGCGAAUAUGAAGAGUCUACGUCACGCAGUUCUUUUAUGAGCUAUGUUCAUUGACAUACUGAACAACAUAGUCUAGGCUGGUUUACUUCAUGUGUGACGUGAAGACACACGUUGUCUUACUGUUGGGAAAAAUCAUUUCACAAAAACCUAAUUUGUAAUACAUUUAAAUAUUUUGCUAAAUGAUACACUAAAUAUUUUACUAAAAAUGAAAAAUAUUGGUGUUGUUAUCAUGUAUUGUAUAAGCACAGCUGAAAGGGCACGUAACUUUAGAGCAUUGAACUGAAAACUAUUUGAUGACGGAGAUGCUAAAAUAAACAAGUUCAUCAAUUUCAUUCUCUUCUAAUGGUGCUCAGGUAGCUGGUACAAAUGCAUUGGUCCAUUUAAUGACAGACUAUUUGAUAGAGCACUUGUUUGUUUAUUAUGGAUAGUGCUAUACAGGAAGACACGAAGUACUGAGUGGAACGUUUGUUUUUCUUUUGUUAUGUAUUUCCAAACGCUGAGUAAGAAAAUCGCGUAUGUAUGUGCUUGUCAGCGGUCUUGCUCAGAUUCAGUGCGUACAUCAUAUCUAGCAUGUACUGCUGGCCAUCAAAUGGACUAAAGUGUUCCCCCCACCGAAUAUGUAGAUUUUCCCAUCGUUGUAAAGU